CAUGGCAUGAAACUGUCAAAUCGAACGCUGCUGGUGUUGUUUUCUGCACGUUGUUUACAUCUAGCAAAGAUGAGGGGGAAGUCUGGCGUACCCGAUCGGUGGUAUAACUACAGCUGCCAUGGCAAAGUGUUGAUCGACCGGUUCAUCGCACUGAAGGUGCCGCUCUCGCAGAGAAUUCACUCCGUUCAGUACGAUCGCCGCUUCACGCCCGAGCAUGUCAUCGAGAAGCUACCGAUAGGGAUGCUGAUCGAUCUAACCAACACGAUGCGCUAUUACGACCCGAAGCAGUUCACCGCGAGCGGUAUCGAACAUGUGAAACUUAAUGUUCCCGGCCAGGUGGUGCCACCGGUGCGGAUAGUGGAUCGAUUCAUCGAAAUAGUAAAAUCAUAUCUGAACGAUCCCGAAAGUGAAGGUAAGUUUGAUACACUAUUUAAAUUCAUUACUAACCCUGUCUCAUUGCGCACCUGGGCACGACCGCCCCUCUUCUCUACUAAUGCUGUAGGCAAACUCAUCGGUGUGCACUGUACGCACGGGCUCAACCGGACGGGCUACCUAAUCUGCGCCUACAUGAUACUGCAGCUCGGCUAUGACCCGAACGAAGCGAUCCGCCUGUUCAAUGCCAAGCGGGGCCAUCGCAUGGAGCGCGAUAAGUAUCUGGAGAGCUUGCGGCAAAUGGCACCGGCCGGGCAGGAUAAUGGCCGGCUGGGUGUGCAACCGGAAGGAGGGUACACUAUCCGGUCGGGAAUGCAUCCUGAAGCGUACGAUAGCCGCCCGGAAAUGCGCUCGGGAGGAUAUAACAGCCGCCCGGGAAUGCAGUCGGAUGCAGGGUACAAUGACCGCCCGGGACGGUCCGAUGAACGCUCCUGGAGACAGCCGGAAGGAGCAUCCAAUGGGCGCUCGUGGAGGCAACCGGAAGGAGGAAAUAAUGACCGCUCGUUGAGGCAACCAGAAGGAGUGUACAAUGAUCGCUCCUGGAGGCAACCGGGAGGAGGAAAUAAUGAUCGCUCCUGGAGGCAACCGGGAGGAGGAUCCAAUGAUCGUUUCGGGAGGCAACCGGGAGGAGGAUCCAAUGAUCGCUUCGCGAGGCAACCGGAAGGAGCGUCCAAUGAUCGCUCCUGGAGGCAACCGGGAGGAACGUCCAAUGAUCGCUCCUGGAGGCAACCGGGAGGAGCGUCCAAUGAUCGCUCCUGGAGGGAACCGGGAGGAGCGUCCAAUGAUCGCUCCUGGAGGGAACCGGGAGGAGCGUCCAAUGGCCGCCAGGAAAUGCGCUCAGAAGAAGAUUAUAAUAGCCGCCCGGUGCAGCAACCGGAAGUGCGCGGUGGUCGCACUGCACGAUUACCGCCGGCAAACGAUGGGAUACAGCGGUCCAAUCAGGAACGAUGGGACCCAUCGGUCAGACGGAUCGUGCGUCCGCAAAAACACACCUACCGCGUUCCGGCACACCGGCGCACCGAUGGACAUGAGCUGCAGUCGAAGCACACAAAGUUUGAAUGAACUAAGUUCUGUUUUUUUUUUGUUUUUGGUUGAUGAAAUCUAUUCUUCACGCACUUUUGGCACACUUUUUAUGCCUCUCUGUCCGUGAGAUUGUGUUUUCUCAUACGUAAUGAAUAAAAUGGAGGCAUAACAACAACCCAGUA